CAUUUAUCUUCAGCAUCAAGAGGGUGGCACACCACUCUCAACUUCUGCCUUCACUGCGUCCAGCUGCGAAUCAGAGACAGCAGAAUCCGAUUGGUUCUGGGGGAGACGAACAACUUUGCAACUAUGCGUUUUUUCCCAUCACACUUCACGUCUUUUUCCUUUCUCCUUUUGGCCCUCGAUCUGCUCCUGGGGGUCACGGGGUCUCCGGGAUGCCCGUCCUGCGGCUUGCCGGCGAUGGAGAAAGACGCGGAGGAGAAGAUGAUGAUAGAAUUCGCCAAACAGCAACUUCUGGAGAAGCUGCACCUGAAGGAGAGACCGAACAUCACCCAGUCCGUGCCACGGGUGGCACUUCUCACAGCCCUGCGCAAACUCCACGCGGGACGCGUCAGACAGGAUGGCACCCUUGAGCUAGAAAACAGUUUACCAACCAAAGAUCAAGGCUAUGAAAUAGUCAGCUUUGCAGAUAUAAGUGACUCAGAUAAAGGGGACAAAGCGAGCCUUAGCCUUACCUUUCAGUUCCUACAAGAACGGGGCAAGAGCAUUCAAGUCCUCCAGUCAUCUCUGUGGAUCUAUUCCCGCUCCUCCCAAGACCCUCACAGAAACUCCCGACUCCUCGCCCGGGUCUUCCUCUCUGCGGAAGGCGGCCUCCCGGGCACCAACCGCACCCUGGUGAUCGAAAAGAUGCUCGAAGUCCAGGAGAACAAUUGGCACACUUUCUCCAUCACCCGCACCCUGCAGACCUUCUUGGACGGCGGCCAAAGGCGGCUGAGACUGGAGGUCAGCUGUGAAGAGGACGGGAAGAACCUGUGCUCCCUGGAUGGCUCCGACAGCCCCAACCGGCCCUUCCUGGUGGCCCAGGUGCGUCUCCGGGACGACCACUCGAAACACUCUGUGAGGAAGCGCUCGCUGCGCUGCGGUAACGAGGUAACCGUGUGCUGCAAGAGAGACUUCUACAUCAAAUUCAAGGACAUCCAGUGGGACGAGUGGAUCAUCGCGCCCGAGGGCUACCACAUGAACUACUGCAUGGGUCAGUGCCCUCAGCAUCUAUCUGGCUCUCCAGGUAUCGCGUCCUCUUUCCACGCCACCAUCUUUAGCCAGCUAAAAGUCAACGGCAUCAACACGGCGACAGCUUCAUGCUGCAUUCCCACUGAACGCCAGCCGCUAUCCAUGGUCUAUUUCAACUCUCAGCACAGCAUCGUUAAGACAGACGUCCCGGACAUGAUCGUAGAGUCGUGUGGAUGCACAUAGACCACAGUGUGGAAAAUCGUGGACACAGACUUCAUGAAAACUCCCACACACGUGGAAGUUUCUUUGACUUUGCACAGCCCACAUCCACACAAAAUUAUUUAAGCCACAAAGUGAGAAAUCUCUGUUUAUUUUUCUAUGAUUUUGUAAUAAUUUCCUGAAGUAAUGCUUUUAAUGAUGUCGACUGUAAGGUCUGUCUUGUGUGUUUCCCUACGUUCAACUUUAUUGUUUUUUUUUAAAUAAAUAUAUGUCAGUUAUAAUAAGUCACUUCACAAUUUUCAUCAACCUAGUUUUUAAGCCUUCUACAGUCUGAAAUCCAAGUAUUUUAUUCAAUAUUAUGUCACACAAAGGCAUCAUUGUACCAAAUUUUGAAACUAUGAAGCUAUUUAUUUUCCUUUUUUAAAUAAUAACUGAGAGAACGAGUUUCUGCAGUUUGUAACUGAAAUGUUUCCCAUUCGUGCAUAAUAGUUGAUAUCUGCUGCUUAAGACUUUAGGGCCUUAUUUUGUACAUUACUUUUUAUGUCCUUUUGUGAUGUUCUAAUAUGUCAUGUUGGUCACAAGUUUGAAUAUGAAACUGUUUAUUUAAAAGAUUCUUUUACUGUCAAAUCAGAACUUUUUUUAUGUCAUCAAAACAAAAGAUGGAGCUUCUGGAUUUCUUCAGUUUCGAGUGAAUUAUUAUGAAAUUCCAGUUUUUUUGCACAACUUUACUAUAGAACUACUUUGUCUUUGUCUACUCUUAAAAAUGUUGCUUUAUCUCUAAGCAUGGUUGGACUGUUUUUAGACGUUGCUCCGUGUGCAUUUCUUUCUGCCAAACUUUAUUUUUUUAUGCUCUGCAGAAUAAAAGAAGCUCAGUUUCCCUCCCAGCUCCA